AUGUGGCUCCUUAUCGAGCUCAAAUUCUCUAUCUGCAACGUUAGUCAUCAAGAUCCUUGCCAAAACUCUCCGUCACCAUCGUUACAGGUGGAGACCUGUGAUUCCCAGGCCCAGAUCAGGGGACUGUCAAAAUCACAGGUUAUUGCAUCACAUCAAAAUUUGCAGCAACAAGGAAACAAAAGUAUUACAAGUGGAAAAUCUCAUGUCUUGUCCAACGUGAUCAUAUCUAAAGGAGUGGCGAGCUGGGAUGAAUUUAGGUACGGAUUUCCAUCGGAUGGCUUAAUAACUUGUAAGAACAAAUGGUGGGGUAGCAGCAGUGCUGACCACGAAGAUGGAGCUGAGACCGGCAAAAAAGACAAAGAUCAAUCUCAAGACCAAGAAAAUGAGGACAGUGUUGGCAAUUCUACGACAUGUGGAAAUAAGAAACAUGAAGAGAGCAGCAUCACUGGUUCAAAAAUAUCUGGUGGCCUGAAAGCCAUUAGAAAGAGAGUCGCGGAAGAAGGACGAGAAGUUCUUAAACUCGGUGUAUAUCAAGGCCAAGGAUUGAAGAAACUAGGCAGGAGAGAGAAGGGACUGCUUCUUCGGAUAUUCAAAACUUCAUUGCCAGAAGAGUGGAUAUGUAGCUCCCCAGAAGUUACAUCGUUGACAUGCGAGGGCAACAAUGUAAAGGAUCAAGCUCCAAGUGCUUUGUUGUAAUUUUCGAUAUUUUCAGUUCCAUUUUCUGAGUUAUCCAAACAAAAUUCAAUUGGGAAAAACUCCCUGUUGUGGAUCAGAAUUUGUAUAUCUGUUGUAAGAGAAUCCUGAACUAAAUAUGACCCAAAGUAGAAAUUUUAGCCACCUCAGGGUACAUGAAUAUGUCAAAACUUGAAAGAUAUUUCUUACACCAUAACUAUUUGUCA